AUGCACGACCCGUUCUUUGACGAGGAUGACGGAGAAUUCGACGAUCUGUAUGGGAAUCCCCGUCCGUCUGCUUCCUCUUUUUCUAUAAAGCUGGAAACCCGUAAGAACGAGACUCGUGUCGUCCCUCCUGUGACGCCAGGAAGCCGUCCGUCGACUCGUAGCCCUUUGGCUUCUAGCAGCGUCGUCUCCAGGUCGUACGUAAGGGACAGAGCUGGCUCGACAACGAGCAACUUAACGGACCUGACAGCCUCAGGAAAGCCCGAUAAACGCCGCAAACGGCGCGGAAGGCCACGACGUAAAAGCAGCCAGGAACUAUUCGAUGUCCAGUGGGAAUCCGACGUCCGUGUGGCCAAAUGCGGCCUCUGUCGAGCGGAUUUUUCGCUCGUGAAGCGUAAACACCACUGUCGUCACUGUGGGCGCGUCAUGUGCUCCGAUUGCUCGUCCUUCCUGUACUUUGAGCUCUCACACCGCAAGCACAGAGUGUGUGUGCCCUGCAACAACCAGCUACUGGCUGAACAAGACGCGUACGACAGGGAAACGCUUGCAGGUCAGCGAGAAACGGGUCCGUCGAGCUCGCUAUUUGACGGUGCAGACGACGAUUGGUUCACGGAUGUACCGAAACAACAAGCGAGUACUCGUGAUAGCGAAGAUAGCGACCGUGGCGGGUCGAAAGGACCAGGAUGGAGAGAUCGUGUCAAGGAUACGUACACUGUCACGAGUGCGAGUGACGCGGUGCUUGUGCCCAUGGCUGGAAGCACUUUAACCGCUGGAAUUACAGGGAAUGGCUACAUCUCCGACCAGUUCCGGUACGAUGUCAGUGGCCCAGGACUCGGACAUGAAGACGAUUUGUCAGUUGCGAUGCCAAGACCGAGACAACAGACCGCUACGACGUAUGCUGACCACAGUGUGAAGUCCAGUCGACUCACUGGGAAUGGCUACUAUUCGGAGCAAUUCCAGUACGAUGUGAGCGGUCCAGGACUUGGCCAUGACGAUGACCGAUCGCUUGCGAUGCCUCGACCCAAGCAACAAACUGCAGCUGUGCCAUACAGUUAUGACGACACCAGACAGAGCGUGUUUAGUGGCACAAAGCCUCGAGAGGCGACUGUGAAGAAGGAAAAGAAACCUCGAGCACGCGGGGACGAGAGCAUGACGAUGGAUGAACUAAACCUUUCGUACUCGUCGGAGGACGAACCACGUGUGGCCAUGCCGCGUCCUACAGUGACGUCCGUUGCGUCUACGCUCUAUGACAAGGACGCUGAUAAACUGGUUGUGGAUGACUCGCCUGGUUUCUUUGAAGCUACUGUUGCGGAGCGAGAAGCACAACGCAAGAAGGACGAAGAACAACAGCGACAACUUGCAAGUGAUAUGGCUUGGGUGAAUAGCUCAGCAUUGCCACCGAGUGUGCCAGCUCAUCGCUUUUCAAGUGGACAGGAGUCUUAUAGCAUCGUGGACUUGCCGUCACAUACGUCAAACUCUCCAGUUGAGAGUCGUCAAGGCAGAAAUGCUGGAGAGAUUGUUGGAAAUACGAAGGGAGGGUUUACUGGAGCUCUGAAGCGGUUCUUCGGCAUGGGAUCAAAGGAAGCGAAGAGGACGACUACACCGCCCAAGACUUACGAGCAAGUUCAGCCAAAAACUGAGCGUAAGCGUCGAGGUACGUUUGAUGAUCUGUUUGAGUCUCCUAAGAACAACGUAGCUCCUGGAGUUGGAGUUUCUCGCUUUGAUCGACGACGAUCAGUUGAUGAAGCUGACGGCUUUACGCUUGGAGAUGAGCCACAGCCAGUUCAGAACUCUGCUCGGACUGAUGACCCUAUUGAGGCAUGGAGACAGUCGGCUGCCAUGUCGAUACUGAACAAUCGAAGCGAUACGAGGCAAUCAGAAACGUCUGCGUUUACGUGGAGCAAUGUGCGGUCAACUCCGGCUUUGGGGACAGCGACGUAUGCUGUUCCAACGAGUCUGCAGCCUAGCGCGUCAUCUCCGUACGAGUCUCUUGAUACACAGGCUGCUCUACUUGGGAAUAUCAUGGACGAUCUGAACCGUAAUGCGACGUCGAAGCCAACUCCAGGCAAAGAAUCUGUUGACGAUUUCUUUGCCGAGUUUGAAGAACCUAACGACUACGUGUUCGACCCAGCUACGGGUGGAUACGUAGCAGCUCGAGUCCCACCACGGGCUCAACAGAAUGAUGAUGGCGAAGAAGUGGAAGACGAGGUUGCGGAGAUUAUUGUGGACAAGAUCAGCUCUCUGGAGAGCGAGCUGGCGGCGCUGAAGUUGCUGAUACGCAAUCGAAAAGGAAGUGGAGGAAGUAAGCCGCGUGUCAGUCAUAGAACUACGAGGCCAAGUGUUCGCAAGCAGAGUAUUUUCGACAACGACAGCAGUGAAGAAGAGGGUGGCAAGAAGAAUGACUCUGUUCGACCUGUGGCGAAGAGGGAGAGCAAACGAAGACCUCCCAGCAAGAAGAAGCCAGUCAAGAAACGCCGAGAUUCAUUUGCAGAUCUGUUCGAGGAUAGUCCGAACGAACAGGAAGGUCUGGGUGGGGCUACUAGCUACGAAGCGCUCUUCCAGACUGGAGCUAAGACGGCAGAAGCUAAUAAUGACGAGGACAGCGAUGACGACGCAGGACUAGCACCAAAAUCGGCUAAGAGACGGCCGAAGUCGAGGCGAAGAUCAAGUCGAAAGAUUAAAGCUUUCGUACCAGGUAAAGAAGGCUCCAAUAGCGAGCAAGAGUUCACGUCACUUAAGGGACGACGUGGUAAGCAAUCUCGACGGAAGGAGAGCGAAAAAGUGGAGGAUACGACCCGAUUGAUGCUCUGUUCGACACGUCCAAUGACCGAGAUGUGGCCAAAUUGUACGGAGGCGACGGGCUUGAUGAAAGGCUGA